CCAAGCACCCCAUCUCUCCCUUGUCUCUUCCCUGCCCGAAGCCAUGACCGCCUGCUUUGACAAGCCGCAUUUCGACAAGCCGCGCUUCGACAAGCAGCUUGAUCGGACGGACUCCCUUUCGAGCCUGGACUAUGCCCUGUCGUCCGGCUCCGCCCUCUCGAGCCUGGACUACACGCGGUCCUCGAACUCCAUCCUGUCCGGCGGCGUCUCGGCCGAGCAGUCCUCCGACUGUCUGUCCUCUGCCCCGGCUCCCAAGGUGCUGACCACUGGCAAGACCUAUCCCCCCCCCUCGACCCAUGGCCCGACCGGGCGCGAAGUCCCCCUGCACAGCGACGAGUUUGUCACCCUCUAUCGCGAUCGGCUGGUCGUGCAUUGGUACUACUUCCCCUUUGCCGGUGACAAGGUGGUCCCCCUGGACCAGGUCCGCCGGGUGCACACCGGCUACUUCGCCGGGGCCACGCCUCCUCGCUACCUGCCGAGCCCGGAGGCCGCGGCCAAGUCCGGCGUCUACGGCGGCAAGGUCCUUGACAUGUGGGACUGGAAGCACUGGGGCAUGGCACUGAACUUCGACACCUGGUGGUCCUGCGAUCUUGGCCGCGAUGGCAAGGACAACUGGAUCGCCAUCGAGCUGGACGACACCCACGUCAAGGUUGGUUUCGCUGUCGACACCCACACGCACACCGGCCUGCUGGCCAAGAUCCACCGUGCCACGCUGGCCGCCCGCAAGGAGCUCGACCGGCCAUACGACCUUUGCCAGUAGUGGACGGGCGCCGGUCCGGGCGCGAGCCGGCCCCCCGGGGGGUGGCAAUUCGUGCGGCGCUUUUCUCCUCCCCCCCCCCCCUAUGACCGGCAGUUUCCGGCAGUGUGGGUGGGGAGAGUGUACACCGAGCGCGCACGCGCGUGUCCAUGCUCUGCCGCCUCGGCUCGUGCCUGGCCGUUGUCCUCCACAUGCGCUCCUUUCGUCCCACGGCGGUCACCAUAUAGAGAAAUACACACACAUAUACUUCC